CGAGAGAGAAGGGCGAGAGAAGCCAUCGCAACCGAAGGAGCUAAUAGUUCCAACAUGGCACCAGCCAAACUCUCUGAUAUGUUAAAGGCUCGCAUGGAUGCAGCGAUUGAGGCUGAUAAACCGUUGUGCGAGGCCCUCUAUCAGAAAGAGUUGGCUAAGGAGGAAAAGGCAGAAGAGGCUAAGCGAAAAACAGUCAUUGAGGAACUUGAGGCUAUUCUCAAAACAAUACCAAAUGUAUCUGAUGCAGACUUUAAAAGAGAUCGGGUUGUGUAUGUACGUGUGCUAGUGAACAACCAUUUGCUCGACGAGCUCCCAAGUGUGAAAUCUCAACUUCUCGACGAGAUGAGCCAGAUGCGUACUCAAAUGGUUGACAUGGCCAGAGAGCAUCGCGAUCAGCUGCAGCAAAUGACAAGCAUGCAUCAAGCUCAAACCUCAGGUUUUUUUCCCCGUUCUACCUUUGCACCCCUCCAUUCCUCUCCUUCUUCUCAGCCUUCUUCAUCGAGUUUGGUGAUCCGGUCACGACCUGCGACAGGUGCAGUUCCUAUUGCCGUUACAAGCGGCAGCACAGGAAGUUCUGCAACUGUCGAAGCCCUGGGAUCGGAUCUAGCAGCAAUAGCUGGACCCAACUACGGCAGUCCAUACAUGGACAGGAAGGCGAUGAUGAUACCGUCUAGAUUUGACGGCAAGGAGGACGUUGAGUCUAGGAUAAACUCCAUGAGAGUGUACUUUGAAGAACAGGGCACUCAACGAGUGAACCAGUCCUUGAUCCUAGCGACAAACGUCGAGCCUGUCGUAAGGGGCUUCCUUGAAGUCCAAGCCAUGCAAGAUGGGUACACAAAGAUCAACCUAUCUGAGUGGCUUGAAGUCACGGCGGUCACUACUCUCAAGGACAUACUCGUAGAGCAAUACAAGGACCCGCAUGCUGCUGCAAGAGUAAGGAUGCAACUUGAUGAACUCCAGCGUGGCAAGUGACAGGGCACCAUGCAUAAAUUGCAAUUGCAUGUCAACAAGCUCUUUGCAACGCCGAAAUUGGAGCUAACUGCGC